AGUUUCACUUGAAAUUUUGUAUUUUUCACUAAAAUUGUUGUUAAUAUAUCGAAAUGAGGAUAACACAAGUUUUAUCCAGUGCUCCUUCGAGGCACAACUCGAGGAGAUACCAAAAAGAACCAGUUCCUUUUCAAAUGUUGCUACCUCUUGCAUUGAAGAAGACGGUAUCAGGAAAGAGUGAUAAAAUGAAGGAAGCUGCUUGUAUGCAGGAGAUGACGGUGAUGUUCGCUUGUUUUAAAAAGCAUGAGUUUGACCAAGCACAGUGUGCGAAAGAAGUAUCGAGUUUUCAAGGUUGUUAUAAGGCCUAUAUGGACAAAAUGCAAACUCAAAGGGAACAGGGGAAAAAAGGUAUUCUAGUACCAGGAGAGAAGAAUCUAACGCAUAGACAAAUGAAUCAGUUGUUAAAAUCUUUUCCGCCAAAGAAGUAA